CUGUUCAGUCUCCCAGUUAUGUCUGGGCGAGGAAAGCAAGGGGGUAAAGCUCGCGCCAAGGCCAAAACCCGCUCUUCACGGGCUGGCCUUCAGUUCCCGGUGGGCCGAGUGCACCGCCUGCUUCGUAAAGGCAACUAUGCCGAACGGGUCGGCGCAGGUGCUCCGGUGUACCUGGCGGCAGUGCUGGAGUACUUGACCGCAGAAAUCCUAGAGCUGGCGGGCAACGCAGCUCGUGACAACAAGAAGACACGCAUCAUCCCGCGCCACCUACAGCUGGCCAUCCGCAACGACGAGGAACUCAACAAGCUGCUGGGCAAAGUUACCAUCGCUCAGGGCGGUGUCCUGCCCAACAUCCAGGCCGUGCUGUUGCCCAAGAAGACCGAGAGCCACCACAAAGCCAAAUAAGUACCCGGCAUAAAAACAACAAAACAAAAGGCUCUUUUCAGAGCCACUUAUAUCAUCAUAAAAAGGUGACACUUGCAUUUCCAAUUAGCUUACCUCUUGUAUUUAGCAGCCCUUGUCAACAAAAUGACAUUUGUGUUAGACUAGCUCAAAAGCAAGAUACUAGACUGACUCAUGAUUUAAUAUUGAGGUGUCAAGAGUAUUCUAAACUUGGUUGAAACAACGACGGUACUGCAUGCUGUUAAGAUCAUUCUAAGAAUAAUGAUGACAGUUUUGUUAUUUCAAGAAAUGCAGGCACAAAGUAGUGCAUUUGUUUUCAAUAAAUUCUUAUGACACAUGUGUCAUUCGUUAAAGAUACAAUGUUAAUAAAAUACCA